CCAUUGACAAUGCAUCCAUUUAUUACAUUGAACAAAUUUAAUUUUGCCUACAUGACUACCUAUAUUUUGAAGGCAUAUUUGAAAAUUGUUUUGCAUAGGUAGCAUCAAAAUUAGUUACCCAACAUUUUGCAUCACAAAACUGCUCAGCCCAAAAACAAAUGCUCCCUCCUCUACAGCAGGCAUGAUACUGAAAGUAGUCUUUUUUCGCGGUGAAAUGGCCAAUUUACGAAAGGAAAACGUAUUUAACAGAUAACAAUAUAAUGCUGUAACAUGCCCUUACCAUGUCAUAAAGCCUAGCAAUAAAAAUACGAGUUACCACAUUUAAAAUAAGACCGCGAUGUCCCCUUUGUGACCGCUUGAUGUCAGACUUUUGAUACCAUCUAGCGGUACUUUUCAGUCAUUGCAAGCAUUGCACGGUAGAGCAGUGCACUCUGGGGAAAAAGUGGAGAAUUUGAUUGUAGUUCAUUCAUGGACACUGCGGUGGGUCCUUAGGAAAACGGGGGAGUUUGCUUAGAUUUUAGUACACUGAACUUCCUGUAGUUAAACAUCGACCUGGAAACCUUGCGUGACCACACUGGAACAGGGUGGGAACCCCAGGAGUCGUUUACAUUAGUCUGCCUUAUUUUAAGGCCCAGGAGCCGCGGAUCACAGGAGUACAACAGCCCGCCAUAGAGGGGGGCUCCUGGGGACGUCUCACCAAUGCAGUGCUGAUCGGUUGGGCAAGCUUUCGAAAUUCGUGGAUACAGUACUUUCGCUGUGAGAACAGUUUUCAGGGACGAUGUCACACUCCGGGGCUCCACCUCGGUGGCGUAAUUGUCCAAGAAGGGGUCAACCUGUGGCAGGUAAAUUCUUGCCAAUGAAAACAAUGUUGGGCCCAAAUUAUGAUGAACUGGUACCUGAGGAAUGCCGGUUCCACCCCAGUAUGUUGUCCAAUUAUCUGAAGAGUCUGAAGGUCAGAAUGGGAUUGCUCAUCGAUUUAACGAACACAACCCGAUUUUAUGACCGAAAUGAAAUCGAGAAAGAAGGGAUCAAAUACGUCAAACUUCAGUGUAAAGGGCACGGUGAAUGUCCAUCUACAGAGACCACGGAGAUGUUCAUCCGGGUGUGUGAACACUUCAUUGAAAAGACCCCCACUGAACUAAUCGGUGUCCACUGCACGCACGGCUUCAACCGGACCGGCUUUCUGAUCUGCGCCUACCUGGUGGAGAAGUUGGACUGGAGCGUGGAGGCCGCGGUGGCCGCCUUCGCCCAGGCCCGGGCGCCGGGAAUCUACAAGGGCGACUACCUGAAGGAGCUGUUCCGUCGCUACGGCGACGUGGAGGACGCGCCCGCCCCGCCCCAGCUCCCCGACUGGUGCUUCGAUGAGGACGAGGACAGGGAGGAGGACGACGACGGCGGUGGCGGCGGCGGCGGCGGAGGCGGCGGAGGCGGAGGCGGUGGUGACCGUGGCGACCGCGUCAACGUCAUCGGGCAGGACUCCGGGCCCAGCUCCUCGGCGACCGGGCCGGGAAAGAAGAAGAAAGAGCGGCUUAAGAUGGGUGCCAUUUUUUUGGAGGGCGUCUCGGUGAAAGGCGUCACGCAGGUCACCACUCAACCCAAGCUCGGGGAGAUCCAGAGGAGGUGCCAAGAGUUCGCCGAAUGGGAGAAGUCUGGGUUCCCGGGCGCGCAGCCGGUGUCCAUGGACAGGAGGAACCUGCAGUUUCUGGAGCAGAAAGCCUACAAGGUCAGCUGGAAGGCUGACGGCACCCGGUACAUGAUGCUGAUCAAUGGGCUAAAGGAGGUCUACAUGAUUGACAGGGACAACUCGGUCUUCCACAUAGAUAACCUGGAGUUCCCCGUCCGGAAGGAACCUCAACAUCAUCUCACCAACACGUUACUGGAUGGGGAGAUGAUCAUCGACAAGGUGAACGGACAGCCGGUUCCUCGCUACCUGAUCUACGACAUCAUUAAGAUCAACGGUCAGCCCGUGGGCCAGUGCAAUUUUAACAUCCGCCUGCUGUGCAUCGAGAAAGAGAUCAUCUUCCCCCGGCAGGAGAAGAUGAAAAACGGACAGAUCGACAAAACCAAGGAGCCCUUCAGCGUCAGGAACAAGCCGUUCUUCGACAUCCACGCGUCCCGAAAGCUCCUGGAAGGCAGCUUCACCUCCCAGGUCAGCCACGAGGUGGACGGACUCAUCUUCCAGCCCAUCGGGAAGUACAAGCCUGGGCGAUGUGAUGAUAUUCUCAAGUGGAAGCCCCCUAGCCUCAACUCGGUGGACUUCCGCCUCAAGAUUGCCAAAGUGGGCGGAGAAGGGUUGCUGACGCAGACGGUCGGACUGCUCUACGUCGGCGGCUACGACAGGCCCUUCGCGCAGAUGAAGGUGACCAAGGACCUGAAGCAGUACGACAACAAAAUCAUAGAGUGCACCUUUGUCAGCAACACCUGGGUCUUCAUGAGGCAAAGGGUGGACAAGAGCUUCCCGAACGCCUAUGAUACGGCCAUGGCUGUGUGCAACAGCAUCCAGCAUCCGGUCACGAAGGAAAUCCUCUUUGAGUUCCUGGACCGCUGUGCCCUGGGGGCCCAGGGACAGACCCGCAAGCGCCCCCCGGACCCAGACGCGGAGCUCAUGCCGCCGCCGCCUCCAAAGAGACCCAACCGGGCCAUACCAUAGCGCAUCUCAAAGAGAGGGGUGCGCGGGGGGGGGGGGUCGAGAUGAACAGUGCCAGUGUGAAAAGAGGUCUAUCUUUACUGGGGAGUAAUCGAAUCUCCUUUGCUCCAUACACCGCCCCCCCCCCCCCCCCCAGCCCUCCCCAGGAAAACGGACAUUUUACAACCCCUGAAUCCCAGGCCAAUUGUUUAUAUGCCUGUUAGAGGCCCUAGUUAUUAUUUAAAGAGGUGAGACCAACAUGCAUUGAUCUUGUUAGAUAUCCUGUUGACAAUUACCCCCUGCUUUAAUUACCGUAGCGUGUUCUUAUUAAAGAUAAUAGAUGAUGAUGAACAUUGUUUUUUUAUUUAUUUCUUUUUUGAUUUCUUUUUUAAUCUUACCGAACUGCACCAUUGUUUGUAGAAAAACAGCAUCUCUUGUAACUGAAAAAGCUCCAGUCUAUGCAGAACUUGUAAAUCCUGUUUUUUUUUUUUUGUAUUUUUUAUUUUAUUUUGUUUUUUAAGUGUCAGGUGGAGUGAUGUCUGUUGGGAAGGAGAAACACUGUCAUUUAAUGAUCCUAUCUCGCAGUGAAGAAAAGUAAUUUUCUCAUGAUAAUGUUUAUUAGAGCAGAGAAUUCUCCCAUGAAAUGCAGUUAGACACCUGGAGUCACAUAGGCCUACAUCAUAUUCAUCAAGCUUUUUCACAGUACAUUGCGUUCUGUUUGUGGCAGUUUGUGUGUAUAUGUCUGAGAGAGGGAACUUCCUUCACUCUGAUCGGUUUUUCAUUUGCAAUAAUUCCAAUUAUCUUGCAGCCGCCAAGGUCGCACUUGGUGGAAGUACGGAUUUGUUUUAUACGUGUAUAAAUCCUUCCGAUUGACCUCUGACCCAGUUUUAUAUCGCUUACUUUUAUUAACCUCACCCUGACAGGGUUGCGAUUGACUUCUUUUGUCUGUCUGUCUGUGUGUCUGUCUGUCUGCAUCAAGAGUGCAGUAAUGAAAUUUUACCAAUAGGAGUUGAGGUUGCAUCAAAGGGGCGAGGGUCUGCAGUCUGUGAUUGCACUUGUCAAGAAUGUUACUGCUCCAUAUGCGGUCUCCGACCUUUCACAGAGUUCAGUUAUUAUUAUUUUCUUAAGAAUGUUUCUCCUGCAUUUUUGUUGUUUGAUGUGAAACAUUAAAGCAAUACGUUUCCAGUUUA